AUGCCUUUCGUCAAGCCCCAGCCAGAGGUCAACGAGGACACUCGCGUCGUGGCCUACGAUCCUCUUCUCUCUCCUCGCUACAUCCAGUCCGAGGUCCCUUCGCCCGAGGCUUCAGUCGAAACUGUCAAGUCCGGCCGCAACCAGGCCAUUGAGAUUAUUGAGCAGCGAGAUGACCGGUUACUGGUGGUGGUCGGCCCAUGCUCGAUCCACGACCCAGCCACUGCGCUGGAAUACGCACACCAGCUCAAGGCGCUCUCGGACAAGCUGUCGUCGGAUCUGUGUAUCAUCAUGCGCGCGUACCUCGAGAAGCCGCGCACGACAGUCGGCUGGAAGGGACUGGUCAACGACCCUGAUAUCAACGAGUCCUACAACAUCAACAAGGGCCUGCGUGUCUCACGCAAGCUUUACGCCGACCUGACCAGCCUCGGCAUUCCCAUUGCCAGUGAAAUGCUGGACACAAUCUCGCCGCAGUACCUCGCCGAUUUGAUCUCCGUCGGCGCCAUCGGUGCACGCACCACCGAGUCGCAGCUCCACCGCGAGCUGGCCUCGGGCUUGUCGUUCCCCAUCGGCUACAAGAACGGCACCGACGGCAACCUGGGCGUGGCCAUUGACGCCAUCGGCGCCGCGGCCAACCCGCACCACUUCCUGGGUGUCACCAAGGAAGGACUGGCGGCCAUCACCAAGACCGCUGGCAACGAGCACGGCUUCGUGAUCCUGCGCGGCGGCACCAAGGGCACCAACUACGACCGCGCCAACAUCAAGGCGGCGCGCGAGGCCCUGCGGGCCCGCAAGCAGCGCGAGAUUAUGAUGGUUGACUGCUCGCACGGCAACUCGAAGAAGAACCAUCUCAACCAGCCGCUCGUGGCCAAGGAGGUGGCCGACCAGCUGCGCGAGGGCGAGGAUGCCAUUAUCGGCGUCAUGGUCGAGUCCAACAUCAACGAGGGCGCCCAAAAGGUCCCGCCCGAGGGACCGUCCGGUCUCAAAAAGGGUGUCAGUAUCACCGACGCCUGCAUCAACUGGGAAAUGACGGUUGAUGUGCUCGAGGACUUGGCCGACGGCGUGCGUGCACGUCGUGCUGCCAAGGCCAAGGCUAAUGGAACCAACGGUGCUUAA